UAUUUUUUUUGGUUGGCUGCUGAGCAGUCGCCAUAUUGAACACGAAAUAUCACAAUUUAGCGCAGGGAUAGUGGGAAUCAGUAGAGUGCUGUCGUUUUGUUUCGCCGAUUUCACAUAGUAGUAAGUAAGUAAUAGCUGUAUACAAUGAGUGUUGACAGACAGAGAUUUGAGGCUUUUUUAGGGGAAUUAGUUAAAGGUCAGAGAUCAAAAGUCAUAACUCGUCAAAAAGGUGAAAUUGUCAUGAGAUACUUAAAAGGAGGAUUAACAGAUGAUUUAAAGGAAUAUAAUGAAUAACUCCAGUUAGAGCCAAGAUAGCCAAAUGAAAUUUGCUUGAACCUUUCUGAAACCAAAGAAAAUCAUAGGCUGCAAAAUAAAAUAAAACAUCAAUCAAUUGGUACACUGCUUGAGAUGAAUUGGUUCACUGUGGCUCUGCAGUUCCAAAUACCUGGACAACAGAAGGUGGGUCAGUCAUUGAUGGAACACUGACCAAAAUUUGUUACCUUGAAAUGAUCCAUGAAUGAUGAUUACAAAAAUUCUGGGUCCACUUAUAGAAGAUUAAAAGAAGGAAGUCUACCAACCUUAAUUCUUCCACAGAAAAGCGGAACAACUAAGAAAUUGGAUCGAAGAAAGCCACCGUACUCCACGUUUUGGCUAUUAUAUACGAAACAAAGGGUUUGAAAUUUUACAAACCGAAAUUGAUGCUGAUGAUGAAGUUAAAGAAUAUUUAUAUCAGAGAGUCUAUGAACAUGGUACUAAGAGGCUAAAGAUCCGACCAGUGGAUGAUGAAUCAACAGUAUUUAGACGUGUAGCCUUUACAGAUGAUUUUUAUGAUAUUCUUUGUCAAUUUCAUAAACAUGAACCGGGUGAGGAAAAUCAAACAAUGGGCUAUAAACGGUGUCUUAAAGCAAUUCAAGAUGUUUAUUCUUUAUUUCCAAGAAGUUGUGUACAGACGUUUUGUAAUAUGUGUACUAUAUGUCAGGAAGCCCGCCAACAUCCACCCAAUAACAGAGUGUUACCGAUUCCUUCCAGUCAUAGUUUUUCUAAAUCACCCAUGCUUGCCCCCAAGAAGAGAAAAUGUACUCCUAAAAAAUCUCCUUCCAACAGAAAAAUGAAUUUAUCUGAUGUUCUGGUGCAAAACUCAGAAUUACCGAGGUCAGCAUUUAGUAGUUUAGCCAGAACAUUCAUGGAUAGAUGUCAGGUAGAGAUUGUAGAAAUGGAAGACAUGGAUCAACAUUAUUUAUAUAUAGGACAUUUUAUGGACUAUUACUCUAAUUAUCAUGUUUUAUUUCCUCUGAUUAAUUCCUCACCGACAGCUAUCGUACAGGGACUUAGUAACAAUGUUUUUGCUUAUUUUGGCAUUCCUAAAGUAUUAAUGUCAUCAAGAGGUAACAACUUUUUGUCUGAAGUUAUAGAAAAAAUACACAAAGACUGGCCCAAUCGAGGUAGUUGUUCAAUGGGUGUAGUUACAUCAGCGACAGCCAGAUUACAUAAUAUUAGUAAUAGUGAAGAGUCAGAUAUCAAAGACAUUUUUAAAAUUUUAGCAGCAGAAAAUAUGGUGAAUGAAAAGCAUGUACCAUGGGUUCGAUGGAUACCUCUUGCUCAGUAUAUAAUGGAGAAGAAGAAAAAAACAGACAAAGCGACAGGUCAGAAAAUGGCGACCAUCAAAGAAAAUGAUUCAAAUAUGGCGGGACACGAACUUUUACCAGAGAACAUUAACAGUGAAUUAACGUUUGAUUUCCAAGGUUUUUCUGAAAAUAUAUCCAAGUCGUUUGAACGCCUUAACGACAGGAUGGACUUACUUGAAAAUAACAUUGAGAAGAAAUUAACUGACAAGAUCACGGAGUCAAUCAGAACAACAAUAGAAAAACUUGUUAAAAGUCGUGUAAACGAGGAAAUUAGUAUAAUGAAGGGUGAAUUCGUAAAAGAGAUGGAUGUUAUGAAAGCUGAAAUUGAGAGGUUAAAGUCUUCAAAAUUCGUACGACUCGGCAAUAACAAUAAUUACACGUCUGAUACACUGGAUGAUAGCAGACGAACAAAUAUUAUGAUAAAAGGACUGUAUGAAAGUGAGGGGGAAAUGAAUAAUCCCGAUUACACUUUAGAUAAAGUAAAUGAUCUCAUCCACGAUGGUUUAAAGCUAAGAACAGUUAAUGUGAUCAACGUUCAACGAAAGGCGAGUCGCGGUACUCACCCCGGAGUUGUAAUAGCGACCGUAGAAACUAUCGAACAGAAAAAACAAAUUAUGGAAAAUAAAUCUAGUCUUCUUCGUAGCAAAAAUCAUUACAACAUUUACAUCGAGAAUGAUUUACCACCAGCUGUUAGAUAUCAACAGAAUAACCUAAGAACCAUCUUAAAGGAAACCGGUCUCACCAGACGCUACCGAAUUCAAGGAACCAGAAUUGUCCCUAACACCUCUUCGAGUUCGCGUGUACCCCGCGCAUAGGAAUUACUACAUCUGGGUUGUUGGAAUAUUAAUGGAUGGUCAAAGCAUAAUAAUGAUAAUUCUUCUUUCAGACAUAGUGUGAUAGUGUCUAAUAAUUUUGACAUUUGUGGUGUAUGUGAAACAUUUUUAUGCGAUGAUGAUUUUAUAAACGUGUCUGGAUAUAAAUUCAUUUAUAAUAAUAGAGGUAAUUUACAUAAAAGAGCAAAAAGAGGCUCUGGAGGUGUUGGUUUUUUAAUAAAAGAAAGUAUUUAUAGUUUUAUGGAUAUAUCAAUUCUCGACGAUUCCUACGAGGAUAUAUUGUGGAUCAAGUUGAGCUCCAAAUCUUGUGAUUUUAAAAUGUGUCUGUGUGUAUGUUACCUGCCACCAACAGGAUCUUCUCGUAUGCCAGACCCAGAUCUGUUUUUCUUAACACUAUCUCAACAAAUUUACAGUUAUCAAAAUCAAGGAUUAUUGUGUAUUUGUGGUGAUUUCAAUUCACGUAUUGGAAAUAAUAGUGACUUCAUUGAGGGUGUCGACGAUGUCUCAUCAAGAUCAUGUGUGGAUACGACUGUUAACCAUUAUGGUGACUUAUUACUAGAUUUUCUAAUAGAUAAUAAUAUGUGUAUGCUAAACGGACGAGUUGGUUCUGGAAAUGAUUUCACGUGUAUAUCUAUAAAGGGCAAGUCAGUUGUGGAUUAUGUAUUCGUUCCCCAUGAACAGUUAUCGAUUUACACUGAGUUUAAAGUUAAAACAGUUACUGAUAUAAUUAAUGAACACAAUUUAGCUGUGCCGAUUACUACACCAGAUCACUCUGUUCUUCAGUGGUCAAUGAAGACACCUGAAUUAUUGUUACCGAACAUCAAUAAAAACGAACCCAAGCGAUUAGCAAAAGUGAACUCUUAUAAUGUGAAAAACUUUCCAUUAAAUUUCUUACAGAAUGAGUCUACUCAACAGAUGAUACACGAAACAAUAGCCAGAAUAGAAGAUGAAAUUUUUGGAAACCAAAGUGUGAAUUCAGCUUAUGAAACUCUUGUGAACUUUCUCAAAGUAGAAAUGGAUAAUUGUGGAUUAAAGAGAACUAUUCCCUCGGGUGACACGAACAAAAGUAAAAGUGUGUUUAAACCUUAUUGGGAUGAAACAUUGCAAGCUAUGCGUGACGAUAUGUGCAGGAAAGAGAAAGUAUGGUUAAGAUGUAAACAUAAUAGCGCUGAGAGACAACUAUUCAAACGAGAGUACUGUGACAGUCGUCGAGACUUCGACAAACUUCACAGGAAAUAUAAGAGACGUUAUCAGCUACAAAAGCAACAAGAUUUAACAGACAAGCUGAUGAACCCAGGUGUUAAACACACACGUGAUUUCUGGAAAACGUUCGGAAAGAUCGGAACAGUGAAUGACCGAAAGAUAAGCUUACCCCUUGAAGUCAUUGAUGAUAAUGGAACAAUCAACAGUGAUCUAAACGAUGUAUUGAACAAAUGGAAAACAGAUUAUAGUGAACUAUAUAAUAGUGAACACAUUAACUUCGAUGAACAACAUAAACAGUCAGUCAAAGAAUAUUAUAAAACUUUGUUUAAUAUCGAUAUGAACAAUGCAAUUCUAAACGAAGAAAUAACAAAAGAUGAAGUGAAAGAUGCUAUAUCACGACUCAAACGAGGAAAAGCCGUCGGGUUUGACGAUAUUCCAUCAGAGGCUUUAAAAAACACUGUUUGCAUCGACAUGUUAUUCAACAUAAUUUCGUAUUGUUUUGAAAAUGGAACUGUACCGGAGCUUUGGACGACAAGGAUUAUAAAACCCAUUGUUAAAGCGAACUCUACUCACCCUCUGGUCCCUCUCACCUAUCGUGGAUUAACACUCUUAUCUGUGCCAAGUAAAGUGUACUGUGAUAUUCUCAAUAAGAGGCUAGCUAAUUGGACUGAAUCACAGAAUCUGUUGGUGGAUGAACAAUGCGGUUUUCGAGAAAAACGUAGCUGUAUGGAUCAACUGUAUACCCUACACAGUGUCAUUAAUAACAGGAAAAAUGUCAAGCAGUCCACAUUUGCAUGCUUUAUAGACCUGAAGAAAGCGUUUGAUAAUGUCGAUAGAGAGUGCUUGUGGUUUCAACUGUUGCAAUUUCGUGUGAACGGGAAGAUAUUAAAUGCACUGCGUUCGUUGUACAAUAACACAAAGUGUGCGGUCAACGUAAACAACCAUUUAACAGAUUGGUUUGACGUGACUUUAGGUGUGAAACAAGGUUGUCUGCUUUCGCCCUCUUUAUUCGCAAUAUAUAUUAACGAUCUAGCUCAAGAAAUAAAGAACCUCAAUUUAGGUAUAGAUAUCGAUGGAUUUAACUUAAGUAUUCUUUUAUAUGUGGAUGAUAUUGUGUUGUUAGCCACUUGUGAAAAGAACCUUCAACUGAUGUUAAACUGUGUUAAUGAAUGGUGCUAUAAAUGGCGUUUACAGAUCAAUAACUCCAAAUCAAAUAUUUUACACUUCAGAACUGUAAACACUGAAAGGUCAAAGUUCGAAUUUAAAUGUGGACAGGAAACUCUUUUGUACAGUGAGAAAUAUAAAUAUCUAGGACUUUGGUUUGACGAACAUUUGUGUUAUAAAAUAGCGGUUAAAGAAUUAGCUAAAUCAGCCAGCCGUGCUUUAGGGGCUCUCGGAAAUAAAUUCUUUGCACUUGGAGGAAUGUCGUUUACUGUAUUCAAUAAGCUAUAUGAAUGUCUAGUUGAACCUGUUUUGUUGUAUGGUGCUGCCAUCUGGGGAACUAGUGAACACAGUGCGAUUAACAAUGUGCGUACAAGAGCUUGUAAGCUAUUUCUAGGUCUACCAAAACGCAGCUCUAACGUAGCCGCAUACGGAGAUGUGGGGUGGAUAACUUCAAAAACUAAACAAGCGCUAGAAGUGUUUAAGUGGUGGCAUAAACUUAAAAAGAGUGAUCCGGACAGACUAGUGUUCAAGGUCCAUCAAUGGUCAUCGCGAAUAUCCAAGUCAUGGGAGAAACGCGUCCUCACAUUAGCCAAAACAUUUAAUGUCUCUAAUGAGAUCGCUCAAGCGCAUACUAAUUGCUCAUCAAAACUGUUCAUCAAAUCUAUGUGUACUAAGGUUUUUAAUUAUGAUGAAUUCGUAUGGUUUAGUAAAUUGUGGAAUGACAGACAAAAUGUUUUAAAUGGAAAUAAACUGAGAACUUAUAGACUGUUUAAAAAGGAUUUGUAUCCAGAAUUUUAUGUAACAUGUGCUUUGACCAGACAACAACGUAGUGUUAUUGCCAAACUCAGAUGUGGAGUUCUCCCCCUUGCCAUAGAAACUGGUCGUUACUGUAAGCCCCCCAUUCCUUUAAAAGAUCGUAUCUGCCCUCUUUGUAAUAUAGAAAUUGAAAACGAAAUUCAUUUUUUAAUUAAUUGUGAAUUUUUAGAUGAUAUUCGAUACAAACUUCUUAAUGCCUUCAAUUUUGAUGAUUUUAUAAAUUCUGAUUCUAUGAACAAUUUUUUAACCAUCAUGAUGUCUUCAGAAAAUAUUCCUUUAAUUGCUAAUUGUAUUUUAAAUAUGCUCAAAACUAGACGAUUUUACUUGUAAAUAUAUCAAUGACUUUUAAUUUAAUGUA